CACCGAUCGUCCCUUCAGUUUUUCCCUAUACCUACUCCUACUGUCACUACUCCUACUCCUGCUUCCUUCCAGUUAACUUCUCCCCCCCCUCCUCCCCCCCAAACUACGAACCACUGAAAUGGACCGUUCCAACAAACCCUCCGCCAUCGGGGUGGGCGCCUCCAUCCCCCAGCCCACCAUCUCCUUCCGCGAAAACAACACCGUCGAAGCCACCCUCCCCUCCGGCGAAUCCGUCACUGUCCACCUCUACGGCGCGACCGUUACAUCCUGGAAGCUUGCCGACGGCAAGGAGCAAUUGUUCGUGAGCGAGAAGGCCACCCUGGAUGGGUCCAAGCCCAUCCGCGGGGGCAUUCCCGUUGUUUUCCCGGUCUUCGGUCCCCCGCCCCCAAACCACGCAACCACCUCCCUCCCACAACAUGGCUUCGCGCGCAACUCGACGUGGGAAUUCCUCGGCAAAUCGUCCUCCGAAUCCGGGGGCUAUGCCGUGAAGCUGGAUUUCGGGCUCUCGCACCCGAUGCUCAGCGCGGAGUUCCAGAAGGCGUGGCCGUAUCAAUUUGGACUGGUGUACAGCGUGACGUUGACGCGCGGGAGCUUGGCUACGUCCCUGCAGGUGCAGAAUCAGGGAGAUGUGAAUUUCGAUUUCCAGGUCUUGAUGCAUACGUAUUUGAGUGUGGAGGAUAUCUCGCAGGUCCGGGUGAAGGGCCUCCAGACGAAGGUGUACGCAGAUAAGACACAGGACGGGGCCAUCGUGACGGAGGGGUCUGCCGCCGUGGUGAUCGACAAGGAGACGGAUCGGGUGUAUCGCGCGCUGGAUCCCAAGGUGCCCAUCGAGGUUAUCACCGCCGCGGACGAGAAGCCCCUGUUUUCAAUCACUCGGGAGGCACUGACCGACGUGGUGGUGUGGAAUCCGUGGGUUGAGAAGGCCAAGGGAAUGGCGGACUUUGGGCCGGACGAGGCGUACAAGAACAUGCUUUGCGUUGAGGCGGGCUCUGUUGCCGGAUGGCAGACGCUGGAGGCCGGCGAUUUCUGGGAGGGUGGGCAGACUAUUCGGCCAAGACUGUGAAUUGAAUCCGAUCUGGUCUGGUCUGGUCUGAUCUGGUCGUUAUGUGAUGAUUGAUGCAUUGAUGAUUACUGAUGCUUAAGCUCGAGAAGAAGGAGGGAUAGAAUAACUGACAAAUAGUGAAUUGAAUUAAAUAUGUGUAGAUACUAUAUGUUGG